GAAUUCACUUUAUGUAUAGCCAACUAUAGUAAAAUACAAACUUUAGUGUUCACUAGUGCAGCAUAAGUAGUUAUUCUUCUAUUUUUGUAUUUAGUCAUCAUUGUGUACAUUUCAACAAUAUGACUGAACAACAGGAGGAUAAGAUGGAUUCAUCUACGGUUAAAAAACUCGUAAACCGUAUCAAGGCUUGUACAUUUCUCCCGUACCUAAAUAAAUGUGAUUGGUCCGUUGACGUAAUAUCCAGUAUAGAGGAGUUUGUUAGCACAGAUCGACAAAUGAUUUGUUUGUUUUAUGAAAACGACAUACUUAAAGCCACUUUUUGCAUACCCGAUGCUCGCACGGAUUCUAUUAUGUGGUUUCUAAAAACGACCAACAACGAAAACACACAACUGAACAACACUAAUUUCUUAAAAUUGAUUUCAUUCGGAAAAAUGGACACGCAAGUGGAGAAAACAAUGUUCUUAUUAUUAGACUCAUUGUAUUCUCCCUUUAUAUUUUCUUGGUCAGCCAGUGAAAAAGAUCAAUUUUUCGAGCAAUACAGAGCAGUUAUCCAAGAAUUAUGUUCAUUAAGAUAUAAAUUUUUAGGAAUGCCUAGUAUUUACAUUCCAACAAUAGUUGGAAAUUUUAACGAAACUUCAAAAAGUGUCAGUGAAGAAACCCUCAAAGUACUAGAAAAUAUUUUAAACGUAUAUACUUUAGAAAUUCAGACAUGCUUGAUGGACACUGAAAGAGUACCUACCAAAUGUGAAUAUAUGAUGGAACAUAUAAUUGAUGAAAUAGAUUAUUGGAAAACUAGACUCAGAAAUUUACGGUUUAUAACUACUUUAUUAAGUUAUAAGAGUGUUGAAGAAAUUCUUACAAUAUUAAAUCAACAUCAAUCAAUUCUUGUUCAUUCAUUCAACAAUGCUAUAAAUGAAAUUAAGGCAGCCAAAAUAGAAGCCAAAUCCAAUCUGAAUUACUUACAAAUUUUAUGGGAUCCAGUCAUGAGCUUAUAUGAUGUAAAAUCACCGAAUGAUAUAUUAACAAGAUUACCAGACAUAUUUGUUAAAUUUAUUUUUAUUUUUGAAGAAUCACAGUACUACAACAAAUGGUCCGAUAUAACUCGUUUGUACGAAUACCUCGGAAAUCAAAUUGUGUACAUUUGCCGAAAAACCAUAAAAAUUUCGGAACUAUUCUCUGGCAAUACGGAAAGUGUUUUGAAUAAACUGCAAAUUUCGAUGAAUUGUUGUGAAAAUUUUAUUUCAAUAUACACUAAAGUAAUUGAAAUUUAUAACUCUAAAAAUGACGGACACUGGUCAGUGGAAACUAAAGAUAUGCAUAUGUUUUUGGAUCGCUGCAAAGAUGUUAAUUAUAUAUGCAAAUCAAUAAUUUUAUUUAAAAGGAUGAACGGAAAACACCCAUUACCAAAACCAAAAUUUUCAUUUACCAAAGGAUUAGAGUUCGAAAAAGUCAUGGAAUCCAUAGAGUUAAAAUUCAAUAAAUUGAUAAGCAAUUUGGAGAAUGUCCAAAACCUAAUAUUCAACGUAAAUACCACUGACUGGUAUCAACAUGAACUCGAAUUCAAAAACGAAGUGAAAGAAUUAUGCAAUAUAGUCGAACAGCUGUUAAAUGAUGCGAUGAGUAUUACAUGUAAUAUCGAGGAUGCUCUGAAUGUCUUACAGAGCUUACAUUAUUUUUCUAACUGGCCACAGCUGAAGUCCUAUUUUCAAAAAAAAACAAACGAUGUCUACGCCAUGUUAAUUGAAGAUAUAUCAUUAGCUAUGCAAUUUUACACUGACAACAGUUAUCAAAUACCGUCCUUUAUGAUCAAAUAUUCGGGCGUUUGCAUAACUGCCAUGACCGAAUACAAAAGAAUUGAAACGCUGAAAAAUAUGAUAUCAGAACGUCCUUGGUUAUUACCGUGUUCAAAUAAUAAAAAACUCCAUGAGUUAUACAAAAAUUAUACAAUCGCCUAUCAAGAACUAUUAAAUAAUACGAUUGAAUCGUGGAAUAAUCAAUCAAAUAUUAACUAUGAGAAAAAACUAGAUAAAUAUAUUUUAGUAGGAAAUCAAAAUGAGCAAUUUUGGCAUUUAACGAUUAACAUGGACUGGUAA